AUAUCACCAUAGAUCUAAAAAAAACUGGCGGCGUAUCAUGCAUUAGUGGUCGCUUUCGUGACAAUGGCGAUGUGGGAAAAAUGCGAAUUUCUAUGUCAUCAGUCCGUUGAUACUGUCACACGACAAACAUGCAUUAUACUACACAAAGAAAAAAUAGAAACAAUAAACAAAUAAAUGUUUGGUGGGGACCUCUCAGGUCCGGUUUAUUAUACCUUAAGGAGUUCUCCGAGACGACUACCCUGCAUGGUAUACGCCAUAUUGGCCUAUCCAACAGACAUUUUAUAGAAAUACUUCUUUGGAUUCUAUGUGAAAUAUUAGCAAUUUAUGGAUCUUAUAAUGUGAUGCGUAACAGUUGGAUACGAUAUAAUACAAAUCCUACUGUUAUAACAGUACAAAAGGAUUAUCGAUUUUGGUACCUCCAGUUUCCAAGUACUACGUUCUGUUACGUAGACCCCGUGGACAUCGAAUUUGCUAAAGAUUAUAUUCAACGUAAAUGGAAAAUAAGUUCUGGUGAAAAAUUUGAUUACUACAUGGAUUUUGUCAAAAAAGUUUCAAACAUAACAUAUGAAAACUUAGACAAUAUAGCGCCUUUUGUCAAUAAUUCUGAAUUAAUUAAUGUUGACAUUAUCGACUUAGUUUUAAAGGUACAUGCUGAGCCUCGUUAUAAAACCACAAUAUUUAGUACUGACUAUAAAAAUAUUACUUUUCAACCAGUAUUAACUGAAAUGGGUAUCUGUUACACUUUUAGUGGGACAAUAACUGAUUAUUUAACGCCUAAUAGUGAACCACAAAACAUAAAUUCUAACUCUCCGACACCCUCGUGUAACUUUCUUAACUCAUUAUGUUACGCAAGAGCAGAAAAUCUACCUCGAAGUGUUUUGUAUUACGUGCAUUAUCCAAAGGAAGUACCAAACAUAGUAGACAAAUAUUACCCGGUGCAAGAGAAUAUGGAACGAGAUACGACAUUCACGUUUUGGGAAAUGACAUCAGCUCCUGAAUUAAGACGGCUAAGCCCGUCACAACGUCGAUGUCGUUUUAUGGACGAACCAAUGGAUAAUACAAUACCUGUUUACAGUUAUAACGUGUGUAGGAUGAUAUGCAGAAGAAAUCUGGCUCUGAAGAUGUGCAAAUGUACUCCACAUUUUUAUCCAUACCCAGGUGAAAUGAAAGUUUGCAAUAUCAAAGGGCUUAAUUGUUUAUCAAGUCAUAGCAAAAUGUUAAUAACAUUAGAAAAAAAUGAUGGGACACCAAUUGAAUGCAAUUGCCAGAUGCAGUGCGAAGAAGUUAAACUGUUUUUAGACAGAAAUUCAAAAAGGACAUGGGCGUAUCCAGUGCCGUGGGACAUCCGUUACCGUUGGGCAGUUGACAAAUAUAGUAAGACACGAUUGCGCCGCGACGUCAUCUACAGCUUUGAAGAUUUAUUGGUUUCCCUUGGAGGUACGGCAUCAUUUUUCCUUGGUUGUAGCGUCCUGUCUUUCAUCGAGAUCGGAUACUAUCUCACACUAAGACUGUAUUGGUUUGUUAAUCGAAAACACAAAGAUUAA